GUGGGGGGGGGCAGGCGGUGGGGAAGAUGGCGUACCAGAGCCUGCGGCUCGAGUAUCUGCAGAUCCCACCGGUCAGCCGCGCCUACACCACCGCCUGCGUCCUCACUACCGCCGCUGUGCAGUUGGAACUGAUCACACCUUUUCAGUUGUACUUCAAUCCUGAAUUAAUCUUUAAACACUUUCAAAUAUGGAGGCUAAUCACCAAUUUCUUAUUUUUUGGGCCAGUUGGAUUCAAUUUUUUAUUUAACAUGAUAUUUCUAUAUCGUUACUGUCGAAUGCUAGAAGAAGGCUCUUUCCGAGGUCGGACAGCAGACUUUGUAUUUAUGUUCCUUUUUGGUGGAUUCUUAAUGACUCUUUUCGGUUUGUUCGUGAGCUUAGUUUUCCUGGGCCAAGCCUUUACAAUAAUGCUUGUCUACGUGUGGAGCCGAAGGAACCCCUAUGUCCGCAUGAACUUCUUUGGCCUUCUCAAUUUUCAAGCCCCCUUUCUACCCUGGGUGCUCAUGGGCUUUUCCUUGUUGUUGGGGAACUCAAUCAUUGUGGACCUCUUGGGUAUUGCAGUUGGACACAUAUAUUUUUUUUUGGAAGAUGUAUUUCCCAAUCAGCCUGGUGGAAUAAGAAUUCUGAAAACACCAUCUAUUUUGAAGGCUAUUUUUGAUACACCAGAUGAGGAUCCAAAUUACAAUCCACUACCGGAAGAGCGGCCAGGAGGUUUCGCCUGGGGUGAGGGCCAGCGCCUUGGUGGCUAAGCAGCAGUGCCAAUAAUGAGACCCAGCUGAGAAGGACUCAGUGACAUAUGCAUUGGGAUUCUUUUAUCCUUUGUGUUGCAAAAGUGUGGACACUUUUGACAGUUUGACAGAUUUUAACUCCGGAAGCACUUUAUGAAAUGGUACACUGAUUAAUCCAGAAGACAUUUCCAGCAGUUUACCAGUGGUUCCUCAUUACACUGGUACUGAAAGUGUAAUCUCUUGGAGCCAAAAAAUGGGAGAAACAAAUACCCUGCCACCUCUAAUGAACAAGUACAUGAGUCCUUGAGUUCUAUGGUGUAAGGCAGAGCUUUUUCCUCUUCUUUGAUAGACAAGGCCAUGGUGUAAAUGGAAGUUUCAGAGAGGACAAAAUAAAACUAAUUCCAUCUCUCUCUCACUGAAUUAAAGCUUUUGUGUGUGAUCUUUUAAAUUAUGAUAAUGUGUUCUAGUUCUCCUGCUAGGUCAACUCAAAGCCAUUUACAUGCCUGCUCUUCCUAUCUUUCGCUGGAUUUCGACUGGAUUUCAUUUCAAGAUUGGAAAUACAAGGCUGAUCUACUGUGGCUGUAUAUCCAUCUACUAAUUCCGGUUGCAGCUCCAGUAGGAAGAAGAUUGUUUCUGUUGUCCAGAUACUUUGUUCUCCGUCUGGGGUUUGUAAAACUUCAAGUUGUCAGGCAAUGUGGCAAAGAGGGGUAGGGUGGUUUUUAUAGCAGCAGAUACUCAGCUAUAGGAGAGUCAGCUGUAUGUGAAAAGCUAAUGUGCUGUCUUACUUCCUCUGCUUACAUUUCUCCACUAAGAAAUAUCCAGGAAAAGACAGGUAAUGGCUACCGUUUUGGAAAACAACAGAAAAAUCUUUGGACCUGGAAACAAGUUAUAAUGUUGACUUUGGAGCCAGAAGAACAGGUACCAAUUAGGCAGGAAUACAUUUCUGGGUCGUUGGCUAGUUAACAUUCGUCACUUGCUUCAUGAAAAGCUGAGAAGCUUUUCAAAGCCAAGUACCAGGUGGUUUCCUUCCCAUCAGGUAGAAAUUAGGGUCCAAAGUAAUAGGCAUUUAAUGCUCAUGGUUCAAUAAAUACUUAUCCAAGAUAUUAACUAAGCUGGGUCCCAGCAGGUUCACAUUCACACUGCCUAAGUAAUUCAGGUAACUCAGAGGAAUGAAAUGGAUACCCCUAGGAAAGAAAUUAUUUUAAAUAGUUUUAAUAAAUAACAUGUAGGCACAGGACUUUUCCAGAUGGAUCCAGCUUGGUUAAGCAGUAGCUUUCUAGAAUGAGAUUUUCCUCCAAAAGAUGAACAUGAGACUUAGAUUAGACAUAAACAUCCUAAAUGGGAAUUUUUAGAUUGUGAAGUGAGAAGUGUUUUAAUACCUUUAAAUGGAAUAUGCAUAAGUAAUGGAAUUUAAUAUAACUAUUUUACAUGCUGCUAGUAAUUUUGAAUAUGAUUGUUGCAAUUUUCUGGAACUUGGGUUAAUAGGACUUCCUUUUUCCUAAGUGGUUAAAAAAAAUUUUAAAUGCCAAUCUUAGAAUGUAUAAUCCUUAUGGGAUUCUUAAAUUUUAUUAUAUCUAGUCUCUGUUAAAGAAAACUUGAAUUUAAAUUAAAAGGUUUUUUUAAUUGUUUAUUUGGGGGCUAGAAAUAUGUUUCUCUGGUUAUAUUUCUUCUCUCUUAGUUGAUUGAGUUAUCCAAUUCAUGGAAUUUGUAUAGUAAAAUUUUAAUCCUAAAAUCUAUUCAGUGACUGUUCAUUUAAGUAGGGAAUGUCUGUACAUAUUAACUGUAAAAGAGGAAACAUUUUGAAUUUAUGGCCUAAAUGCAGUCAGUUACAGGAUUUUGAGUUCUCUGGUUUUAUGGGGUGAGAAUUCCUAGUGGCCAGAUGCUGCACUCUGCUACUACACUGUGUCCUGGGCAGUGGUAAUUUCAGUCACCGACCUCAUGAGCUUGGCAGAUCCCACUAUCACCAUCCCUAGCCCUGUGUUUCUUAAUAGGACAUAUGGGCUUACCUGAGCAUGAGGAAAAGCCCUCACUUCUUCCCCAGUUUACCUCUCAAUCUUGAUUCUUCCAGAAAACAUUUCUUUUUCAAACUGCGAGUCAACUGAAAAGUGAGAUUUGAUAUAUGGAAUUUUGUGACCACCUUACCUGACAUACAUAUAUAAUUUAAGGGAUACUGAAAAGCACACCUAACUGUGGCAGGGUUUUUUGUUGUAAGGCUACAGUAUAUGUCCAUUAAAAAAACUGGACAUGCAAAUUGCAUCUCUCUAGGAGAUACAUUUUAUAUACAUUUUAGUGUGUCUUUUUUACUAUGGAUUUCUAUUUCUGUCUUCCAUUUGUUCUUUUUCUGUCCCUCUUGUAUGGCCUAAUAUCUUUCCUACCCCUUGUGUAGUCUCUAAGAGAGUACCCAAGUCAUGGAUCUUGGUAAUGAAACCCCCACUGUCUCUGGGUUCUUGAAAAUUAGGAAAUACAGGAGCUAUUGGCAUGCUGGGUGGAGGCCUCCUAGAAUUGUCAUCUAUCCUUAAUAACCUGCAUUUUAUGUUGUUGCUGUGUUUUCCUUUGGCAGGUGAGUUCCACCUGCAUUGCUAGUCGUGAUACUCCAUAGUUUUCAGUGUUGGGUAGGUUGUCCCCAAUGUUGCAUUAAAGUUGUUGAACUUUGUAUGAUCAAGUCACCUUUGCUCAUAAAUCCAACAGCUUCUUAAUGAGCUCCCAUUUCAGAUGCAUACUUUUUGUCUUCCUCUGAAUCUAACUCCCACCUCUACCUAAAAGGAACCUCAGUUUAAGUCUCUCAGUUCUUCAAGGCCUGGCCCCAUUCCUGACUCCAAGAAAUCUUGACUCUAAGGCAUAUUUCGUUGUCUAUCUUUGAAUCCCUAUAAAGCUUCAAGUCUGUAUGACAUACUCCUACACCAAAUUAUAUAUUGUCUUGUACUGUUCCUAACUGGUACAUGUAUAUUAGUCUUGUAUCCCUCAUGAGAAUGUAAGCUCCUUAAGGGCAGGAACCAUGUCUUAAAUUUUUGUAUCCACCACAGUGCCUAGCACAGUGCUUGGCACAUGGGUGCUGAAUAAACACUUGUUCAUUGAUCAGCAA